CUUGUAUAUGGAUAUGAAUUUUAAAACUGUUUAUGUUGAUUUACUAGAUGUUCCUCCCGCAGAUAAUGGGUGUUAACGCAGCCACCUGGCUUUGUUUGCAAUUUGUUGACAGCUUCGAAGCUGCGCUGCUGCUGCUGCUGUUGCUGUUGCUGCUUUUUCUUCAUCCAGCUCGGGCCUUCUUUUUGUUUUUGUAAUUUCGGUGUUUUUUUUUUUUUUUUACUUGAGCUUCAGUUUCAGCUUCUGCCGGUGGCUUCGUCGGGCGGUAAAUGAAGUUAACUUGGCCUUGUCGCACGCCAGUCUGCUUCUGACAUUCGCGCGUCGCGCUCGAACAACGCUUUUAUCGUCUGUGAUAUUACGUUUUUAUUGGCCAAAAAGGGCAAGAGUGCCGAAAAGCGAAUCAAAGCCGCUUAGGUUCAAAAAUAAAUAUAAAUUCGAUUUUAGUCGAGCGAACUUGAGCUGGGCAUUACGAAACGCAAUGAAAACGAUAAACCACACAAUUUGCCUGUUACUCCUGGUGGCAGCUUACCUUCCCAUCAAAUCAUGGGCAGCUCCUGCCUUCCACUUUAGUGAUCCGGACCCGGAUGAACCGGAGGCCUAUCCCACAUCGCCCAGCCAGGUGUUGCCCAUUCAACCUGUGCUGAUUUAUCCGCAGCCACGAGAGAAUCUCUACCAGGCUCGAACUCUGGCGGGUCGAAAUGACGACCAGGACAUCAUUUUCGUGAAGCUGCUGCAGGAUAAGUCCAGUGGCUAUCGUCCCAAACAGCAGCGCCUUGUCCUGGAGGAAACGAAACCCUCUCAGCGGAAGAAACUCGAUAUGAAGGACAUAUUCUAUGUGAAGGCCCUCACCAACGGACGAUUCAGCCACGAACGACUGAAGGUUUACCGAGUACCCGAGUUCUACGCCAUCAGUGUUUUUAGCAACGGAGAUAAAUGAGGGGAGACGGCUUAACGAUAAAAAGGAGUAAUAUAAGUUAUUUUUAAGUCGCUAUAAAUAAAUACCUCAGGAGUGCCGAAGUGCAGUGUUUUUUGUUUUGUUUCGCUCUGAACUCUUAUCGCGGCGCCACUUUGCGUUCGCGGAUUUACACGCAAUUUCAAUUACUCAUAAGCCGGGUUCAGGCUCGCUGACUGAUGGGUGUCAGCAUCGUCUUGGCCAACAGCCUCAACAUUGGUAUCAACAUUGGCAGCGACACGAACUUGGAGGGGCCGCUUAUUGUGCCGUCGGAGCCACGUCAAGUGGCAAUUAAUAACUGUCAGUCGAUUGGCGGCUGUGGCUCCAGCUCAACCACCACCGUUCCACCAUUCCACCUCCCAAUCCCCACAUCCGACAACAACGAACUAAUCCCUUUUGUCACUGGGCGUCACAGACCGCGGGCCCAAGCAUUAAGUCAAAAUCAAAGAAAGCCACAAAGCACAACAAACAAAUAAAUGGAAAUGGAAAUACUUUCUAUUGAUAGCCGAAUUUAGGAUACGCUUAAGGCUUGAAAUAUUUGAUGGCACAAUGGUACAUAUAUGUUUCGGGAUUUCCGAAGGCAU